AUGGCGGCCGGGUGGCGGAGGAGGCCGGGUCGGGUGAGGGCUGCUGAGGUGGUGGGUCAUGGUGGGGUGGUGCUGCAGGCGGCGGGCGGCGAGCGAGGCAGAGCUGCGGGCGACGACCGACGAGCGGGGCGGAGCUACGCGGGGAGUCGGGGCGCAGGCGGAGGCCGGACCGGCAAGGGCCACUGGGGCGGCGGGCGAGAGCAGAGCGGGGGCUGCUGGGGCAGCCGACGGUGGCAGCGAGGCAUUGCGAUGGGUGGCAGGGAAGGCGCUACAGGGGCCGAGGUCGGUAGGAGGUCGGAGGCCGAAGACCGGGCUGUUGGGGGCCGGAGGAAGCCGAAGGCCAGGGAGCCGAGGGCCACCGGGGGCUAG